AUGCAGUUCCGCGGACUCCUGCUACGCUGCCACGACGUUCCUGGUUGGGGCCAAGUUUGGAUCGGCGCCGACACUCUGCGCUGUUUCCCGAUGAGCGGCUUUCCCCGUCGCUUACGGCUGCAUUGCCAGAAUCUAAGCUUGACAGGCCACGAGUUGACCCACACGGCUGAGCAAGUCGCCGCGUGCCGGCUCGGCGAGGAAAACGUAUCAGUCCUUAUUCAAGUGUUCCUGCAAGUGCAUGCGCAGUCCGUAAACGAUGGAAAACGUGGCUGGCCUCUUCCGGUCUCCCGUCCUCAGACCUUCCACGUCCCACCAUCUUUCAGGCUCGAGCACCAGAGCCUACAAGCUUCGAGACCCGUCGCCGUUCAGAGCGCGUCAACGACCUCAAGCGACAUGGUGUCCCAGCAGUUUUGCCUCAAGUGGAACAACCACUAGUCGAACACGCUGGCCGUGUUCGAGCAGCUUCUCUCCAACGAAGCGCUGGUGGACGUGACGCUUGCGCGCGAAGGUCUAUCGCUGAAGGCCCACAAGACUGUUCUGUCCGCUUGCAGUCCCUUUCUCAAAG